UGUGAAGUUUAUAUCAAACAAUGUUUAAAAAAACUCCGGUAUGCGGCAAAAUAAACAUACUCUGGGCUAAUUAGCAAAAUUCAUGGAAAAGUUAUUUACCAGCAAUUUUAUUGCUGGAAUCGAAUUAUAAAAUCCUAUAUAUUAAUAAUAUAGGUAUGCAAAGUCCUCACAUAGUGUGCUACUUUUUUUAUAAACAAAAUGGCGCCGACAAAUCGUAUUUUUUCAAUUAUUGCUCUAUAACUCCGAAGAUUUUAACAUUACAACAAAAACACCGACAUAAAAAUUCACCGCAAUUAAAUUCUGCAUAGAGAUAUGUUUUUCCCGAUUUACUCCGACGAAAAUUUUCCUCGGAAAAUGCGGGGUUUCCCAACAAAAACUCUAAUUUUCAAAUAAAGUUUUAGGUUUUUCUUCUGAAGAUAGUAUGAAACCUGAUGCCAGUAGCCUAUUAACAAAUUAUGAUAGAAGUGACAGUAAUUUCAACCCAUACAUAACUUCCACUGCCAAUGUAAACACUGGAGGACAACAUUUUAUAUGUGCAAUUUGCAACAAACAAUUUUCGACACUGACUUAUUUAAAGAUACAUAUGAAAUUGCAUACUGGUGAAAAACUAUUUAAAUGUGAAAUUUGCACAAAACAGUUUUCAGUGAAAGUAUAUUUAAAAACGCAUAUGAGAGUGCAUACUGAUGAAAAACCAUUUGAAUGUGAAAUUUGCACCCAACAUUUUUCAGUUAAACGAUAUUUAAAAACGCAUAUGAGAGUGCAUACUGGUGAAAAACGAUUUGAAUGUGAAAUUUGCCCCAAGCAGUUUUCAACGAAACAAGUUUUAAAAGCGCAUAUGAGAGCGCAUAUUGGCGAAAAACCAUUUGAAUGUGAAAUUUGCACCAAGCAGUUUUCAACGAAACAAGUUUUAAAAGCGCAUAUGAGACUGCAUACUGGUGAAAAUCCAUUUGAAUGUGAAAUUUGCACCAAGCAGUUUUCAAUGAAACAAGUUUUAAAAGCGCAUAUGAGAGUGCAUACUGGUGAAAAACCAUUUGUAUGUAAUAUUUGCACCAAACAGUUUUCAACUAAAUACGAAGUAAAAUCGCAUAUGAGAGUGCAUACUGGUGAAAAAUCAUUUAAAUGUGAAAUUUGCACUAAGCAGUUUUCAGCGAAACAAAAUUUAAAUAGGCAUAUGACAGUGCAUACUGGUGAAAAACCAUUUGAAUGUGAAAUUUGCACCAAGCAGUUUUCAACGAAACAAAUUUUAAAAAGGCAUAUGAGAGUGCAUACUGGUGAAAAAUCAUUCAAAUGUGAAAUUUGCACCAAGCAGUUUUCAACGAAACAAGUUUUAAAAAAGCACAUGAGAGUGCAUACUGGUGAAAACUCAUUGAAAUGUGAAAUUUGUACCAAACAGUUUUCAACAAAGGGUUAUUUAGUACUACAUAUGAAAUUGCAUACUGGUGAAAACCCAUUUUAACCCGGAGCAGUCGCUCGUUAGAAAAAGUCCAACAUUUUAUCCUUUUCCGAGAAAAUUUGAUGAAACAUUUUGCAACAUAACUUUCCACUCGUAAGUGCCUCGAGGAAGAUUGUAGUAAUGCGUGGGAUUUUUUGUGUGGAAUUUAUGGCGCUGGUGAGAACCAAUUAGCUUUAAAAUUUUUAGAAAUAUAGAUAUUUUUAACAUAACAAGUAAAUAAAAAUAUUAU